UUGGCAAUAUUAUUAACCAUGUUCUUCCCUUAUUCUGACAAUACCUAGUACUAUCAGAAAUUGACCAGGCAGAGUCGUUGCCUAGCUGGACCAAACCUCACACGCUAGCAUCUUACUAGCAUUUCUCCUCAAGAACCAAGACCCAGGAGCCAGGGCGGCCACCUAGGAUAGCCAAGCAUCGAGGGACACAAGGAACUGGGGGAGGAAAAGGAGCCUGGGCGGAGAAUCCCAGAAUCAGCCACAGCUCGGCAAGAGGUGGAGCAGAGCUCCCCCGCAAAAACAGGCGGAGCAGAACAAGCAGAACAAGGAAAGCACCAGGGAAGGCAAGGAAGAAUAUCAAGAAGAGUGGAGUCAAGGCAUCCUCCCCAACCGAUUUAGCUACCAUCUAGUACAGGGGGGCUCACGCAAACCGAAGGGAGAAAACAUGGUGAAGGCCACCGAACUUGUGAAAUGGUCCUUACUUUUUGAAGAUAGUGAUAGCGCGGUGCUUAUGAGAAUUGAGUUCCUUGUUGUGGCCAUUGCAUCUGUCUUCCUCCUGAUGUCAUUCUUGGACAUGUUCCGUCGUCGGUGCCGCUACUCCUCCAUCAAGUACCUCUUACUUGUCCUCGACGCCAUAAGUGAUUCCUCAUUCAUCUACACAAUUGGGCUGAUGCAGAGUGCACCCUUCAAGAAAGAUCUGUUUUCAAUAUGGGCGCUAAUAUUGGUCAACCUUCGGUUCAAUGCUUGCUUCAUCUCGGCAUACGGCAUCCCUGACCAAGACAACAGCCACAUUACCGAGGGUGCUAGGGUGAUGUCACUUCUAGGGGUGGCCUUCUUAAUUGGCACACAGAACAGUCAGUUCAAGCAUCCGAUCUGGGUACUCUGGGCAAUGCAGCAAAUGAGAAGUAUGUACCUAAUAGUUGCGUACAGUUGGGCCUCAGGCUCCUUCUUGCACGGUUGGAGCUCCCCACUUGUGACAGCAUAUAUGGGUACCGAUGCUGGUAUUUGUAAGGAGGGGGAUCCGACCACAAUGUUGAAAUACAAGUACCUGGUCUGUGGAGAUCAGAAGCAGAAGGUCCAGCUGCAGGCGCCUGGGUAUGAAUUUUAUCUGAAAGUGAAGUCAGAGGGAGUAUUCAUCACUCUUGACAAGACUUGGCAGCUACCCAGCAACCAGCAUGCAGACGACGAUGCAGGGGAUGUCCAACCAUCAUGGACCAAAGACCUGUGCCUGUCCUUUGCACUAUACCGGCUACUCCGUUGCAGAUUUGACGACUUACCCCUGCCAGCCGAUAGUAUUAAAAGCACCAGAAAAUUAAUGUAUGAAAUUAUUGGCAAGAAGGAUGAAGAUUUGUCUGCACAAAUACAUCACCACGCUGAGGGAACAUUCAGCAGAGAUUUACCUGCACAAAUAGACGACCACGCUGAAAGAGCAUUCAGCAGAGAUUUGCCUGCACAAAUAGACCACCACGCUGAAAGAACAUUCAGUGGAGAUUUGCCUGCACAUAUAGACCACCACGCUGAGAGAGCAUUCAGUGGAGAUUUGCCUGCACAAAUAGACCACACUGAGAGAGCAUUCAGAAUUGCUGAGUUGGAGCUAAAGUUCCUCAAUGACUAUUUCUACACUAGAUACCCCAUCCUUUUUUGGCGUGGCUUCCCGCUGAUUUUUGCUUGGUACCCUCCCUUGACCAUUGCUCUCAUUGCUUGGCUUGGAAGGGACAUUUAUAAACUCUACAAGCCUAAACAGGGGGAAAUUGCCCACGUCGUACACAGGGUUAACGUUGACCUGAUCAUCACAUGGAUAUUCAUGGGGAUUAUCGUGCUGAAGGAGUCUUGGAAGGUGGUCACCUACUUGUUGUCCGACUGGACCAAGGUGAUGUUGCUGUGCGAAUACACUUCGAGGACCCUGAAGUGGGUUCCAGAGUGGCUGUGGGAGUUCUUGGUUCAGAUCUUGUGCACACCUGGAUGUAGAAUUGGGCGCCGUUGGCACAAUAAGAUCGGUCAGUAUGAAUUCUUGCAGUCAUUUGGUCACAAUCCUAGGAACAUUCUUUACUGGUUAAGCCUUGGCUUGGUCCCAAAAGAAAUUAGAGGUGCAAAAGUAGGCAGCCCAACGGAGCUGCCAGAGGAUGUGAAAGCCGCCGUUCUCAAGUCACUUUGCUCGUUAGAUCUUAAGCAGAACUCACUAAAGUCAGACCUGCCGACUGAUGUUAAGCAGUUCAACUUCGAGUGGACUUUCAAACUGGGUACAUGGUGCCAUAGCAUUCUUGUGUGGCAUAUAGCAACAAGCCUCUGUGAGAUCGAGCUUGCCCAGCACUACAACUCAAGCUUAACCACUUCUGAGUUACUGUCUGCAAUCAAGACUGCUCUCAAUUGCUUUUCCUCCCAGCCAUAUGUUAUAAAGGAAGACAGAAUUGAAGGGUGGCUGCGGGCUAAUUAUAUAGCCGCCAACAGUAUAUCGCGCUACUGUGCCUAUCUGCUUGUUAUAGAACCAGAUUUGCUACCUGACAGUUUCCUAACUGCCGAUGACUUAUUCAGAAGCACCGUCGAUGAGGCUUUAGAUAUCCUGAAAGGUUGUGACACCCUGCAAAGCAUAUACAGAAGGCUGAUUAGAGGAGUGCCUCAACAAGACGACCAAAAAAUGGACAGAUUAAGGACCCAUCCCAAUACGAUACUUGCGAGUACUGCACGCCUUGCUUGGUCUCUGAUUCAUGAGAUCCCUGAUGAAGUAGUUCGCUGGAAGGUCCUCGCAGAAGUCUGGGCCUAUAUACUGGUACACACAGCCCCCUCAUGGAAUGCCUCUGCUCACAAGAAAUGCCUUGCAACAGGUAGUGAGUUCAUAACUCAUAUAUGGGUCAUUCUUUCUCAUUGCAACGUCCACAGCAGCAAGCGCUGGCCAUACCAAGAACCCCCACACGAUGACGACGACCAAGGAGUGGAACGGCAAGGAGUGGGACCACCAGCACCACAUGAACCAAAUGUGGGUGGUUCUGGUGAACAAAGCGUCAGCAAGGAUCCAUCAAAUGGAGCACUGCAAGAACAAGACCAAAAAUGGGGUCCAAUUCCGGGGCAGCAAUUGACCACAAAUGGUCAACAGCUUGCUCAGAACGAAACAGAUGAAAGCAACAAAAUACAAGAGCUCGGAGCCGAUUGGAAAGGAUGACAUAUCUCAUUUGCAGUAUAAUCGAAUUUGAAUGUUCAAAAUUGUCAUUUAUGUACUUUCACUGCCCAUUUAAAAAAAAAAUUGUACGCGUGCUUUGCAGUGACCACGUUAAUUUCUUCUCAAGUUGAACAUGUAUAUGCUCUAGUUUGUGAGAUCUAUCUCUGAAUUCUAUGUCUGUAUUCUGAACUAUCAAGUGUAUGUCCUCUUUGAAAAGGAAACAAUUAAGUGCUUCCUGUAUUUGAAA